ACGAUGUGCCCCUGGGCAAGGCAUUUAAACCCAAGUUGCCGACCGAAUCUGCGUAUUGUAAGUGUGAGUACAAUUGGGGAAAUGUGGCUCUAGUGUAAAGCACUUUUAAGUGGUCCGUAUGACUAGAAAAGUGCUAAAUAAAGUCGGUCCAUUUAAUAGUGGACUGUGUAUAAAUUGGGUGACACACUAUAACAGAGGUUGGCUGUUCCUCGGUAAUAAUAGUUAGGACUUGAUUUAAACCUCAUAAAAUAUUCUAAAACAAGUUUUGUAUAAAAUAUGUAAAGAAAUUGGCUAAUAAUUAUGUAACAAUAAUAAUAAUGAGAAAAAGGCAAUUUCCUGUGGCCUGAGCAGUCAAAACUACAAAAGGUCAUAAGUAUACGACGUAAUGAUUCUGGAUGGUUCUAAUUCACUGCAAAGGUAUACAUGUUUCUUUAAUGGAGCCAAAAUAAGAUAAGCGUUUGGACUUGGACCUCUUUCCUUUAGACAAAUGGCUCUUGUCAUAUCCUGUUCGCAGAGAAAGACCUCUUAAAACCAAACACAACUGCAGAGUCACACAGACGCUGGAGGAGAGAAGACAGUCACAUCUCUCCGUUCCUAAUCUGUUUAGUAUCUCAGGCAGACUUUUGCUUUUCCUUUACUCCUCUGGAUAUUUUGAUAGUCUUUCUGUCUCGACUUCUUGACCUUUUUUUGUUGGGGAAAGCAGUGAACAAAUUGAGAGAAAUGGUUCCUGUUAAGCUCCUCAUUCUGGGAGCUCAGAACACUGGAAAGACAGCACUGUGUGUUCGCUUUAUAACGAAGCGUUUUAUAGGCGAAUACGACCAUAAAAAGGAGGUGACAUACAGAUGUAAUCGGACGGUGGACCAGGAAACUGUUGAUUUGGAGAUCUUGGAUUUACCUUGUAAGAGCUCUGUGGCUUCUAUUGAGUCCUCCAUUCGCUGGGCUGAUGGUUUUCUACUGCUCUACUCCAUCACUCAGCGUUCCAGCUUUCUGGAGAUCCCUCAACUUAAGACCCUCAUCGACAAAACCAAACAAAGUCUUGUUUUUCCUACAGUGCUGGUAGCCAAUAAGGCAGAUUUGGAAAUCGGCAGAAAGGUGACAGCAGAGGAGGGACAGAGACUCGCCAAAGAUUUAGGAUGUGGUUUUAGAGAACUGUCUGUCGCUGAAGCAGCAUUAUCAGUGGAAGCAGCAGUUUUUCAGCUCAUCAGGCUGGUGCUGGAUCAGCAGCGCCCCCUACCUGACAGGCGCUCCUACAUGCUGACAGUCCGCCAUGCUCUGACCAGGAAGCUGACACGCUCAAAGACCAUGCAGUGGUGACAGCAACAAACCGUUCAGCUGGAAACAUUUUUACCCUGUUUUUAUAAGUGAUUUUUUAUCUGGACUUGGUAGUAAAGAUGUGCCAAAAAAACCUGUAUAGAAUAAAAUUUUAUAAAGAAAAAGCAGGAUUAUCGAUGAUACAUUUGUGCUGUAAGGAUAAAUAUGUAUAUAUUUUUCCUUUUAGAGUCUUUUCCAAUAAAGAAUUUUGUAAAACACGA